AUGGUGGGGGAGCACGGAGCUGUGUUGCAGCGGAGUGAGGGCGUCAGAGGAGGCCAUCAGCUGACGGGGGAAGCCGACACACUGCGUGAGGACCACGGCGAAAGUUCCAAUCAUCUCGUAACCAACCCCGUGGAGGCGGAGCCUGGGCUACUACGCCUGCAGACGUCGACAGGGGAUGUUCACCGUGGCCGGAACGGCAAGACUACGACACCGACGGUGAACUUCGCCGCAUCUGUGGAACUAGAGUCAGGCAUGUCAGGAUUUACUGGACCAACACCACUGCCUAUUCCAGUGAAGGAGAUAAAAGAAGAAGAGUUUGAUGAUUUCCUUCAAGAGUAUCUGUUAGCAGAACACCCUGGACUGGAUCAUGAGUGCAAGACCGAAGAACAUGCAUUAUCAACUUUUGACUGCAAAGAGGAAGAGUCUCCACUGAUGGAAAUUAACCAGGAGGAAGACUCUAACUCCAGAAAAGUUAUUCAGAAAGACGCUGCUCUGACAGGUGAGAUAAGAGAUACUAAGGCUAAGGGAGAGCAUCAUACUCAUUGUGGAAAAGUCUUCUCUAAGAUGAGUCAACUCAAGUCACACCGGAGGAUCCACACCAGAGAAAAACUGCUCCAGUGCACCACAUGUGGGAAGAGUUUCAGGAGCAACACGGAACUCACUAUCCAUCAGCGCACACACAUAGGAGAAAAACCAUACAAUUGCUCUGAAUGUGGAAAGGACUUUAGUGAAAAAUCUAAUCUCCAAAAACACCAGAAGAUCCACACAGGAGAAAAGCCGUAUCAGUGCUCUGAAUGUGGAAAGGACUUUAGUGAAAAAUCUAAUCUCCAGAAACACCAGAAGAUCCACACAGGAGAAAAGCCGUAUCAGUGUUCUGACUGUGGAAAGGCCUUCACUCAAAGGUCUCACCUAAAGGAACACCAGAUGAUCCACACAGGAGAUAAGCCGUAUCAGUGUUCUGACUGUGGAAAGGCCUUUAGUCGAAUUUCAAAUCUCCAGCAACACCAGAGGAUCCACACAGGAGAAAAGCCACAUCAGUGUUCUGACUGUGGAAAGGCCUUCACUCAAAGGUCUCACCUAAAGGAACACCAGAUGAUCCACACAGGAGAUAAGCCGUAUCAGUGUUCUGACUGUGGAAAGGCCUUUAGUCAUAUUUCAAGUCUCCAGAGACACCAGUUGAUCCACACUGGAGAAAAGCCAUAUCAGUGUACUACAUGUGGGAAGAGUUUCAAGACUAAAGCAGAGCUCGUCAACCAUCAGCGUAUACAUACAGGAGAAAAGCUGUAUCAGUGUACUUCAUGUGGGAAGAGUUUCAUGAGGUGGUCAGGGCUCGUGCGACAUCAGCAUACACAUACAGGAGAAAAGCCGCAUCAGUGUCCUGACUGUGGCAAGGCCUUUAAUCGAAUUUCAAAUCUCCAGCAACACCAGAGGAUCCACACAGGAGAAAAGCCGCAUCAGUGUCCUGACUGUGGCAAGGCCUUUAAUCGAAUUUCAGGUCUCCAGAGACACCAGUUGAUCCACACAGGAGAAAAGCCGUAUCAGUGUACUACAUGUGGGAAGAGUUUCAAGACGUGGUCUCACCUAAAGGAACACCAGAGGAUCCACACAAGAGAAAGGCCGUAUCAGCGUACUACAUGUGGUAAACACGGGGUCUGA